AUGGAUCGUAAUAGGCGUCAUUAUCGCGAUCGGUCUCGCGACCGCAACGAACAGAGGAGUGGCAGCCAUCGGCGCCCACAGAGCCCGCGCAGGCGUUCAUUGAGUCCGCACCGGCGCAAUCGACGCCCGACUCAGCGUCAGGGAGCUGACCAGCGUUGGAAUACUAACAACGAAGGCCGCAUUCAGCGCUACGUAGAGCACGAACAAUUUGCAGCUCUGACGCUCAAUGACUUGUCGCUGCGAGACGUUACAAGGCCCCCCCGGGAAGGAUACGUUUUUCCGUCUCUGCCGAGGAGCGAUAUUCUUCGCCAAACUGGGCAUGGAUUUCACAAUCCUGACGUGCUCGAGCGUAUCAAUACCACAGCGACCCCGUCACUGAACUGGGUCACUGAAACGGGCAAGAAGGGAGAAUACUUCAUCAAGGGCACGAUGAACGACGCUGCCAUCGAGAACUUGACAAACACACUCAAGGAUUUAGCACUCAAGAAUGGAGGCGUGUGCUACAACAUGACGGUCCAAUUCCUUUGUGCCUCCAAGGCCAGGGAGCAUCUCGAUCGAGUUGACAAAUCGUAUCAACAGGCGCACCAAAGACUAACAUAUGGGGACCCUCCUCGAGGCAAUUCUGCUGCCCGCUCCGUGUUGCCGCUGACUCUGACAGGCCCCGGAAGAGAGUCCCAGCCUGUCGGGGUUGAUGAAGCAGAAGAGGCCGCCGCGCCGCAGCAACUGACCUGCGGCAACUGCAGAAAGCCCGGCCACGUCUUGGUAGACUGUGUGAUUGCUAACGAGAAGGACGGCUUUGUCCAUGGCUGCCCGAUAUGCAACACUUCGAGGCACACCCUCGACAACUGCCGACGCCGUUCCGAGGAUGAGACGCAACGUCGUGAGCAAGCGCUCGAGCUCAUGUACCGCAAGAGGUUCAACAAGCCCAUGAUUCUCUCCUACACAUACACCUGGCCCUACCUCGUCGCGUGCACUAUUGCCAACCAAAACGGGAUAAGACCAAGAGCCUUCGACACAAUCGUCGAUGAACUCAAGUUGGAACCACCCAUGAAUAUGUACCCGUGGAGUACAGACUUCGCAAUCGAAAUAAUGAAGUAUACCCCACAUGAGCUAGAAGUCGCAUAUGGUGCUGUGCAUCCUCUCGUCUUUGACUACGACGAGAAUGAUUUAAAGAAGCUGCCCACGGAUUGGGGCUACACCGAAAAGUUUGGGCCUUUCAUGGGCGUCAUAGACGCAUAUACGCGACGCGAAUGGAAGGUCCCGAGGCCACCGACUUCGAAGGUCAAAAAGCAAUAUGGCAACCGGGGCGACUACAUGUACAAGCAAAUCAAGGGUCUACUGACUGGCCACGGCCUGAUUCCAAAGACUGUCAAAGAAUCCGGACAAGGCAUCACAAUGAUCAAGCAGGAGGAGGAGAAUGGGCCAGUCCGCCUCAACGAUAUUGCGACCUACGACAGCCUGCGUGAGAGUGCCAAACAGUUUUACGAAGGACCUGCUCCUGAGAAGCCCAAAUCCUUCAAGCGUCCGACGGUGGAAGUCAGAGGCGGAAAUGACGUUGAACUAAUUGUGCUAGACGAUCCACCCGCGGCUGGAGAGAGCCAUGUAUGGCCUGAGAAAUACCACUACAUCGGCUCCACGUGGAACGACCGCCAUGUUUCAUACCACACUGUCGACGAAGAAGGCGACUGGUGCGUCAAGUGGGUUGUGCGGCAGUACGUUCACUUGUCUGCCGACGAGUUCCAAAAGUUGCCUAGAGGCAAGGACGAACCCGACCUUGCCAAACGUUUGGCAUUGCAUGCGAUUGACAAGAUUGUCUCAAAGUGGAAGCAAGGCAAACUUGGUGGCCAACCUCGUAUCGAGAAAAAGCGCGUUACCAAGAGCGGUCCAGCUGCACCGGCAACGAUGUCGGACUCUGCACCCGGGGGCUUGUCACAAGACUAG